AUGCCCACGGCCCAGGGUGACAUGGAAGGCAGGAACGCCAGCUACCACGGCAGCAGCUCAGGUUUUGUGCAGACCCAGUGCAGUCUGAUGCCUCAGCCGGCCUUGGGUUUUCAGCGGGUCAUCUAUGGAAACGGCACCAGCGUGGGCACCGUGAUCGCUCUGCACUGCCCCGACAAACACAAGCUGAUGGGAGACAGUGUGAAGUGUGUGCUGGAGGGAAACAGCACGAUGUGGCAGGGAGAGACCUACUGUAGGCCCCUGUCCUACAAUGAGCUCCAUGGAUUACAGUUGGCCCUCCUCAUCUCUGUUGUGAGUUUCGCCGUCAUCUGCUUCAUGUCCACGGCUUUUCUCACCUGCUGUUUGGUCAACUGCAUCGAAAAAAGGAAAAGGAAAGAGAUGGAGAGAGACUCUGAAAUGCCACUGCAAUGGGAGGAGCAGCGCCACCAACAGGAGAUGAACAGGAGAUGCAACAACAAAGGCAGAAACAAUAAUAACAACAAUUUUAUGGAACAAGAGUGGAUCCAGAAGAACCAUCAUGGCGGCUCAGAAUGCAGGUGUCCACAUCAGGGCAGCUAUGAUCCCUCUUCCUCAUAUGAAGUCACUUCCAGAUUCCCUGUUCUUCCUGGAUAUCAAUACGACCAACCACUUCUACCUCCAGAUCCCUGCUCCUCAAACCUCCAUCGUCAAACUCUUGAAUAUUCCAGACAGAGUUUGUGUUCGGACAUGGUGCUUGUGGAUUCUUCCAGCUUUGACCCGGUGUGGCAGCCGGCGAGGAAGCAAAACUCUAAUAUACGAGUGAUAUCUGUGUAG